UCCUGAUACGUUACCUGGCCGAGAUCAAGCUCUGCAUCUCGUUGACUUUCCAUUUCCAACCAGAAUUUAGGCUCAUUGUGUCCUUUUAGCUCGAACAGUCAAGGUGGUCCUCUGCAGUUUGCUUUAUUCACAGACGAAGACAAGGAAACAUGGCUGUUGCAAACUUGCAAUACAUAACUCGGAUGAGCAGUGGCUUCAAAGUCUACAUCUUGGAAGGUCAGCCCAACCUAAGAAGUGAAGAUAGAUACAGGCAUAUGACAAAUGAGAGAGUUCGAGUACCACCAGUGCAUCCAGUCAAGCGCAAACACAGCUCUGAGCGUGGCCUAACAUUGGAAGAAAGGCGAGAGAGAGCACAGAGCAAAAGCAACAUGAGAAGUGCUCAGAGGCCAGCUGUGUUUAGUGUUCCCCAGAGCCCCACAUCCUCCUGGAGCCCAACCCCCAGCCCCACAGGUCAUCUUCCCCAUCAUGUGUAUCCCACACCACCUAUGGAUGAACCACUGGACCUAAUUAAGAAACCAAGGAAAGAGCCUGAGAGGACAGAGAAGAAAACCAAAAGCACUACAUCCACCAAUCAGAUACAGAUGCGUCCUUCUGUGAUCACCUGUGUCUCCUCUACAAGAAAGCCCACCUGCAGAUCUGAGUUCCGCAGCAGCAGCCACUCCUCCACAGUGCUAUAUAAGCACAGCUAUGACCAUGUGGUGGAGGAGCAUUUCAAGAGAAGCCUGGGGAUGGACUACCAAAGGGCCAGCUCCCGCCAGCUCUCCAUCAGCGUCUCUGUGGAUGAUCACUUUGCCAAAGCCUUGGGAGGGAAGUGGCUUGAGAUCAAAUCUAAAUCCUCCUCGUGCUCCUCGUCUACAUCCUCACCAUCCAGCAGCCCAAAUGUCACUCACUCCCCCAGCUACAGCCACAGCCCAAGCCAAGCUCCCAAAGAGUCUCCAAGUACCACUACUCCCACCUCCAGCUUCUGGUCAGUCAAAUAAAACUACAGAGACCUUUCCUGAAGAAAGAAUUAACUUUGAGUAGUUUUUUAUGCAAUACAACAGCAGGUCCAUGCUUUUCAACGAAUGAAAGCACAAAGGAAACAGUUAUUGAGCAAGGGUAGACUAGAGAACAGGAAUGCAGGAAUACUUACCUACUCUAUGGUUGAACCAUUGAGAGCAUCUCUAUGAGUCUAUGCCCUGUUUGUGGAAAGGGGGUUUAUUGGUCUAAUAUCAUGGGACAAGCAAAUGUUACAGUGAUGAGAUGUCUUUAUUUCUCUUAAUUUCUGUCCCAGACUUUUUAAUAGCAUAUCUAUCUCUGAAAUAGAUGGCCAUUAUAUUUCAGUAAAUGUGUCAUAUUUCAUGCGGUGAAGAUGCCACAACUUUCAUGAUUGUGUAUUUAUACUGUAUGCUUUUAACGAUCCUAGAUCCUAUUUUCUCAUACUAAACUACUGUGCUAAUCUACUGUACAAAUUUGUUUACCAAACCUGUUCAAUACAGUAACUUCGUGUUUUUGUAUAAAAUCAAUUUAAAAAGGACAACUCAAAAAGAAAAACCUAUUUGUGACUGGAUAUUACAAGUUGAGGCUUUAUUAAAUAAAAUAUACUUAACUUAAAUUAACAAUAGUCUUGUAUGAAAAGCAACCUGGUGAUUUACGAAAACAUUUUGAGUGUGCAAUUUUUAUAUGAUGUACUUUGAAAAAUAUGGAGUGCUUUGAACACUGAUAAAAUGCAUUAUAUAAAUUCCCUGGAGCCUAUGACUGUGAUUGUUGUC